AUGGAUUGGGAACAUUUUAAGACUACUUUUCUGGACAAGUACUACCCUAGCACUUUGAGAACUCAGAAGGAGUUUGAAUUCCAACAGCUUAGGCAGGGUGUUAUGUCAGUAGCUGAAUAUGCUAAGAAGUUUGAGGACAUGUCUGCUUACUCUAGACAAGCUAUGUAUACACCAGAUGAGAAGUGGAAGAUUUAUAAGUUUUUAUUUGGAUUAAGAGUUUCAGGGAGAAGGCAUAUGGCUAGGGAUUAUCCUCAAAAUAAGAUUCAGAUGCAGGGGAAGAGUACUGGUCGAGUUUAUAGUUUGGAUGCAAAGAAGUCUAAUGGUAACAAUGCUUUGAUUAAUGGUAUGUGUCACGUAAAUGAUCAUCUUUGUUUUGUAUUGUUUGAUUAUGGAGAAGCACACACUAUUUUAUGUCAAUCCAGUAUGGAGCGUCUCGGUUUGAAAGCAAUCCCUUUGACUCCCUUUAUGGUGGUAACUGCCGCCAUAGAUGAUGUUGUAGAGACACCUUUGAUUUUUGAAAAUUGUUUGUUGUUGGUGAAUGGUAGAGUUUUUCAGAUUGAUCUUAUAUGUUUACCCCUUAAGAAGGUUGACGUAGUCUUGGGAAUGGAUUGA